AGCCACUGCCUAUUUUUAUCCGCACCUGUCCUUCUCCUCCUUCGAUCGGAGCAUUGCCAGAGGAAAUGCCAGCAAAAAACCAGGGAGAUUGAUAGGGAGGCGAAACCGACCCUGAAAACCCUCCGUUUCAUCCGAUCUCGAUCCCUCAGAGGCGCAGAUCUGAAGAAAAAACCAGAGUUUUUUUUUAUAUCGGAGAUCUUCGAUCUCCCCAAAAAGGGGCGUAAACUUGUAGGGCUGAGCAUGUCCCAGUACCAAGGGGACGAAAUUGAUUACAUGGCGGAUGAUUAUGAAAUGGAGGAUGUUGAUGAUGACAUGGAUGAAGAGUUCCGUGGUAGAGGGAUGGGUGACUCAGAGUCGGAUGAUGAUGAAUAUGACCAUAUGGAUAAUAAGAUAACUGAUACUUCAUCUGCCCAAGCAAGGAGAGGAAAGGAUAUCCAAGGAAUUCCGUGGGAGAGGCUAAGCAUCACCAGGGAGAAAUACAGACAGACCAGGUUAGAGCAGUACAAGAAUUACGAAAAUAUCCCUCAUUCUGGAGAGGGGUCCGAGAAGGAAUGCAAAGCGACAAGGAAAGGGGGAAUGUAUUAUGAAUUCCGGCGUAAUACGAGGUCUGUGAAGUCUACUAUCCUUCAUUUCCAGCUGCGAAAUUUGGUUUGGGCUACAUCAAAGCACGAUGUGUACCUCAUGUCCCACUUUUCCGUCACUCAUUGGUCUGCAAUAACUUGCAAUAAGACUGAAGUUCUCAACGUUUCAGGACAUGUGGCCCCAUGCGAGAAGCACCCCGGAAGUCUAUUGGAAGGAUUUACUCAGACACAAGUCAGUACAUUGGCAGUAAAGGAUAACCUACUCGUGGCUGGAGGAUUCCAGGGAGAGCUUAUUUGUAAGUAUUUGGAUCGACCCGGAGUUAGCUUCUGCUCCAGGACAACUUACGAUGACAAUGCAAUCACAAAUGCUGUCGAGAUUUAUAACAGUUCCAGUGGCGCAGUGCACUUCAUGGCAUCAAAUAAUGACUGUGGUGUUAGGGACUUCGAUAUGGAGAAAUUUCAGCAAUCUAAGCAUUUCCACUUUCCCUGGCCAGUGAAUCACACGUCACUAAGUCCCGAUGGUAAGCUUCUCGUCAUUGUUGGAGACAACCCUGAGGGCAUACUGGUGGACUCUCAUACUGGAAAGACUAUCAUGACUCUGUCUGGUCACUUGGACUACUCAUUUGCAUCUGCCUGGCACCCCGACGGUCGUACCUUCGCCACUGGAAACCAGGACAAGACCUGCCGGAUCUGGGAUGCCCGUAACCUCUCCAAGUCGGUCGCGGUCCUCAAGGGCAACCUUGGCGCCAUUCGCUCCAUCCGCUUCACAUCCGAUGGUCAGUUCAUGGCGAUGGCGGAGCCUGCGGAUUUCGUCCAUGUGUACGACGUGCGGAGUGGGUACGACAAGGAGCAGGAGAUUGAUUUCUUCGGCGAGAUCUCUGGCGUGUCCUUCAGCCCUGACACAGAGUCCCUCUUCAUCGGAAUCUGGGACCGCACGUAUGGCAGCCUCCUCCAGUAUGGCCGGGGCCGUAACUAUUCCUAUCUUGAUUCUCUAUUUUGACGGAAUCGCACAACUCUCCUAUCUUCCAUUCUAUGACGGACAUGCCAGUGUAGGACCAUCUUGAAGUAUCGGCCUAACAUAUCUCCCUUUAGGAGUGGGUCGAAGAAGGGAGGUAAAAAAGGAAAAAGCUCUGAAGCUGUUGCUGUUCUUUCUCUUCAUAAUAAUAUAUGGAUAUUUUCUACUUUUGGGGGGACAUGGAUUUGAAGGGCUGUAUAAAAAUGAGAUUGUACAGGAGGUAGAAAAAUGCAUCGGUGAGGCAAAAAUAUUGAAGGGAAUUCUCACAGUGCAUGGAAUUUCAAGACCUUUCUCAUUAAUUAGGUUAGUUUUUGUUAUCUUAAUAUGUACUUGACUUUGGUUUCUUUUUGUAAUUUUUUUAAAAUUUUUUUUUCACUUCACAAUUCUUCAUUUUUCAUUUCUGCUCGGUUCGAAUUGUCACAACUGAAAUGGCAUUGGAGACAGACUAUAAAUGCAAUUUGUUUCCAUUGCUAUA